UUGUACAAAAAUGAUACACAUUGUUGCUUCUACGUCUAUAUAAAACGGACAUGCGUCAAUGAACACAGUUGAAUUUUUUGUGUUGAAAAACUACAAGUGAUCUUGGAUGAGAAAUCGAAAAUAAAUCAUUUUUUAAAUUUAUAAAAUUUAUCUAAGUACGCCUGUAAAAAAGUUGCAAUGUCGAAAAACGGAAUCAUGUGUUCACUAUUUUUUGUGAAUAUUCUUUUUUCUAUUUUUAUUAUUAUUAUCGCGUCACCAGUUAUUAAAAUGAAGGAAGAAAAUUGUCCAGAUCCAAUGGAGCUAUUGCAAAAUGAGCUGAAUUUGAUAAAAGGUGAAAGCAAUUUUCAUUUUAAUAACAUGAGCAAAAUAAUGGAAGAAGAAUUUUAUCACAAUAAAACAUGUCUUUAUCAAUUCACUGGAGCGAUAAAAUCUGAUAAUUCCAUGGACUUGCCUUCUCUUUUGGGUUUCGACCCAGCGGGUAUAGCAAUAUGGCCAGCAAAUUCUCCAGUACUAGAAUUUAUAAUAAAUUUCGGCAGCUGUUUUCCGAUAAAAAGUCAUCGUACCUCAAAAGAAUCAGUAAAAAAGCUUAUGGCUUGUAUAAAUGCAAACAGUGAGUUAUAUCAAUGUCCAGAAGGUUUCAAAAGAAUGGCCUUUAAUUAACUUAACUACUAAAGAUGUACGAGACUCAAUAUCAUUUGAAGAAUAUUCAAAUUUUUGGAAAUUUAAAAAAAUGUAUAUGUUAUUCAAAAUAGAACAGAUGAUAAAUAAGAAUUUUUAA